UCUUCUUCCAUGGAUUCGGUUAUCAUUGAAGCAGAUGAGCGGGAGGCGCUGGCAUCACUCGUCCCCGCUCAUCCGCUGCCACCGCGUAAAACGCAUUCCUAUGUUGAGCAAUGUGAACAGAAGCCUCACCACCCGAUCCGCAAAUAUAGCCUUGAUGAGGGCUCUAAAUCUGUAACGUCGGAUUCUGAAGCUAUAUAUUUUGAUUCCUCCGGCGAGUUCUCUACCGAAGGAGUAGUCAUCAUCGAUGGCAGAACCGGUGACGAAAGAGGUAACGGGGAGGAUUACGGUUUUGUCACACCUCCAUCCAAACCAGCAUCACAGCUAGGUGGAGAUGACGGUGGCAGGGAGGAUGGUAUCGAGUCCCUUCCAGAAUUCAUCGGCGCAGGAGGCGGCACUGACGUAUUCAAAGUGCCGGUGCGUGCUGCGGUGAAUCCUGGACGGCCGCCAUGUCUGGAACUCCGACCGCAUCCGUUAAGAGAGACACAGACGGGAAAGUUUCUCAGAAACAUUGCUUGCACAGAAAGUCAGCUAUGGGCGGGACAAGAGAACGGCGUGAGGUUCUGGAACUUGGAGGAAGCAUACGAGGUUGGUUGUGGCCUUGGUGGGCAGGUACGUCGAGGGGAUGAGGAUACAGCGCCGUUUCAUGAAUCUGUUCCGACCUCACCUGCCUUGUGUUUGAUGAUUGACCACGGCAAUAGGCUUGUGUGGACUGGCCACAAGGAUGGCAAAAUUAGGGCCUGGAAAAUGGAUCAGCCGAGUACGACUAGUGCGGAUGGUUCAAAGCCUUUCAAGGAACGACUCUCAUGGCAAGCUCAUCGUGGUCCUGUGAAUUAUAUUGUCAUAAGCUCAUAUGGUGAUAUGUGGUCAUGUUCUGAUGGCGGAUUGAUAAAAAUAUGGACGUUGGAUUCUUUAGAGAAGUCUCUGGUGCUUAAGCCGGAGGAGAAGCAUAUGGCUGCAUUGUUAGUGGAGAGGUCUGGCAUUGACCUGAGGAGCCAAGUUACUGUCAAUGGUACAUGCAGCAUAUCUUCAUCAGAUGUCAAGUUUUUGUUAGUUGAUACAGUAAGAGCUAAAGUGUGGGCUGUGCAGCACCUAUCGUUCUCAAUCUGGGAUGCCCAGAAUAAAGAGCUUGUGAAAGUUUUUAAUAUUGAUGGCCAAGUCGAAAAUCGUGUGGACAUGCCACCAACGCAAGGUCAACAAGUUGAAGAAACGCAUGGUGGUGUAAGAGGAUGGUAUGUGACAUCUCCAGGACCUCUGGACAGCGUAAUCCGAACGGAACUCUCUCAAAAGGAAAUGACCUAUGCUCGACAAGACAGUGUUAAAAUCUUGGUUGGUACCUGGAAUGUUGGUGAAGGGCGGGCCUCACGUGGGGCGCUUGUGUCUUGGCUGAGUUCUGCUGUUUCAGAUGUCGGCAUUGUUGCUAUUGGGUUGCAAGAGGUGGAUAUGGGGGCUGGUUUCCUAGCCAUGUCCACUGCUAAGGAAACGGUAGGGGUUGAAGGAAGUGCCGUGGGACAAUGGUGGCUUGAUGCAAUUGGAAAUGCACUGGAUGAGAGAAAUACUUUUGAACGUAUGGGUUCAAGGCAGUUAGCAGGACUGCUAAUAUCUCUUUGGGUGAGGAAGAGUAUAAGAACACAUGUCGGAGAUCUUGAUGUCGCAGCAGUUCCAUGUGGCUUUGGCCGCGCCAUUGGCAACAAGGGAGGUGUGGGUUUGAGAAUCAGAGUUUAUGACAGAAUUAUGUGCUUUGUGAACUGUCACUUGGCUGCUCACCUGGAGGCAGUUACUCGGAGAAACGCGGAUUUCAAUCACAUAUAUCGGUCAAUGGUCUUCUCUAAAGGACAAAGUGUAUAUACUGCUGCAGCUGCUGGUGCGUCAACUUCUGCUCAAGCUCUAAAGAAUAACACUAAUACAAACAUCAGCAGUGAAGAGGAGAAGUCUGAUUUAGCAGCAGCAGAUCUGGUUGCAUUUUUCGGUGACUUCAAUUAUAGGUUGUUUGGUAUAACCUAUGAUGAAGCGAGAGACUUCAUUUCCCACCGGUCUUUUGAUUGGCUUAGAGAGAAAGACCAACUNUAUUUAAUUGUUGAUCUCAUUGCUCACAUAUUAUUGUUCCUACAUUGUCAAAAACAGGGAGGUGUGGGUUUGAGAAUCAGAGUUUAUGACAGAAUUAUGUGCUUUGUGAACUGUCACUUGGCUGCUCACCUGGAGGCAGUUACUCGGAGAAACGCGGAUUUCAAUCACAUAUAUCGGUCAAUGGUCUUCUCUAAAGGACAAAGUGUAUAUACUGCUGCAGCUGCUGGUGCGUCAACUUCUGCUCAAGCUCUAAAGAAUAACACUAAUACAAACAUCAGCAGUGAAGAGGAGAAGUCUGAUUUAGCAGCAGCAGAUCUGGUUGCAUUUUUCGGUGACUUCAAUUAUAGGUUGUUUGGUAUAACCUAUGAUGAAGCGAGAGACUUCAUUUCGCACCGAUCUUUUGAUUGGCUUAGAGAGAAAGACCAACUUAGGCAAGAGAUGAAUGAGGGAAAAGUGUUCCAAGGAAUGCGUGAGGCGUUAAUCACCUUCCCGCCAACUUACAAAUUUGAAAAGAAUAAACCAGGUCUUGGAGGGUAUGAUUCAGGGGAGAAAAAGCGAAUACCAGCGUGGUGUGACAGAGUUAUAUAUAGAGACAAUCAAUCACUCACAUAUUCGGAGUGUAGUUUGCAGUGUCCUGUAGUUGCAUGUACUAUAAUGUAUGAAGCUUGUAUGGAUGUGACUGAGAGUGAUCACAAACCCGUGCGGUGCAAAAUUCAUGCUAACAUAGCUCACACCGAUAAAUCUGUGCGAAGACAAGAGCUAGGGAAAAUAGUAAGGUCCAAUGAGAAACUCGCUUCCAUGUUCGAGGAACUAAAAUUGGUUCCAGAAACAUCAGUGAGCACCAACAACAUUCUUCUUUAUAGUCAGGACACAUUCAUCUUUACAAUCAGAAACACUUCAAACUCGAGUAGAGCCAUCUUCAACAUCGUCUGUAAGGGUCAAACUCUCGUUAGAGAGGAUGGAGAGGACCCCGAGAAUAAUUCUCGAGGCACAUUUGGUCUCCCUCGCUGGCUCGAGGUUUCUCCAGGAGCUGGGAUUAUAAAACCAGAUGCUUCACUGCAGGUGAAGGUUCAUCAUGAAGACUUUCACACCUCAGACGAGUCCAUUGAUGGCAUCCAACAAAACCCAUUUUGUGAAGACAGUUCUGACAAAGAAGUGACCCUGAUCAUAAUCGUUCAGGGAAGCUGCUCGACCAGAACAACAAGCCACUCUAUCAAAGUCCGUCACUGCUCGUCAGCUGCCAAAUCCCUUAGUAUUGUUCAUUCUAAAACGACCAGCAUGACAAAGACUCUAGAGGGUUCCACUCGUUACCAGACAGAGUCUAACCGCGGUGGAAGCACCAGACACAGAACCGAUGACUCCACCAGACGUGGUUGAUGAUGAUUCCUGUUAACAUCACAACUAUAGCUAGAUCUUAGGAACAGAACUGUGAUGCCAUCAAAGGAAAUGCUAACAGACCCACUAGGAGAUUGAAAUUCUUAUAUUCAAAACUAAGAUUCGGGUUACAUUCAGUUAUAGUUUCUUCAUUUUCAUUCUUUGAUU